CGCUUUUUUGCAUUGCUUUUCUCUGAUUGCGAGGCCAUUUCAUAUCAUCGCCCAACUCACACGGUGAGCAUCGAUUACCAUGUGGAUAUCAUGUGUGCUUUUCGCGUCUACCGCGACCGCCGCCAUUCUACGCCCGAUGGGCCAACAACCGCUCUCACCUAGCUCGGUGCUAGGCGAGAACUCCAUCGCGCGUGAAUGCCUUGCUGAAGGAGUCGUCUGUCUCGAGAAGGGAGGUGCCAGGUUACCCUCCCCGUUCUACAGAGAGCCCGCCAAUGGAAGCUUCUUCAACAACUACGGAGACGUGUCUAUUGACUCGGACGUCUCGUGGAGCUCGGUCUCGAAGGCAGACUUUGUGGUUUUCAAUGAGGAGCUCGCCAAGGGUAUUUUGGGCAAGAAGCCCAAGGUCGACUUCAUGUUUGCCGUCUCGCCAUACCUGCACGAGAGCCCCGUCUAUGUACCUGGCUUGAACAGACUGUUCUUCUCGGAGCUUUCUCAAAACCUGCCCAUGUACGUCGUCGACCUCGACGAGGCUCAGCCGACCGUGGAGGAGUAUCUCGCCGACCCGCCAAUCUACGUGCCCAAUGGUGCUUUCUACAGCGGGGGAAAGAUCUACUACGCUGUGGCUGGCUCCAACGCGACUGUGGCAUCGGCCAAAUUGAGCACCCAGCAACGUCCGGGAAUCAUCGCAUUGGACCCAUACACCAACACCACCGAGGUGUUGCUCAACAACUAUUUUGGUCUGGCUCUUCCCGGCUGCGAUGACAUCGUCGUCGACCCGCAAACUGGAUUCAUCUGGUUCACCGUGCCGUACUACAGCUGGUGGUUGCAAAUCGCGGACCUGCCACCGCACACCAAGAGCGGAACCUUCCGCUUCGACCCCAAGACCGGCAGCGUCGUCAUCGUGGACGACGACAUGCGGAGUCCGAACGGCAUCGCCUUCUCACCCAACUCCGCCCACCUGUACAUCAGCGACACCGCCGCCGCCGGUGCGUCGGCUCCGAUCUCCAUGGACGUGCCCAGCCCAGGAAUUCCGGGCAUCCUCUUCAACACAACGGAGAAGCGGACCAUUUACAAAUAUGAUGUCGUCGACCAGGGACGUGCGAUCGUGAAUAAGCGUCCCAUCCAUUAUGAUACCAUCGGCACCGUGCCAGAUGGUCUGAAGGCGGCCCGCAACGGCCUCGUCGUCACCGCCAGUGGAAACGGAUUGACCGUGCUGACCGAGUUUGGCGAUGUUAUUCUCCGCGCGCAGACCAACUUCACCGUCAACAACUUCCAGUGGGUCGAAGGUGCUGAUAAGAGCUGGACUGAGGUGUGGAUGGUCGGACAAGGUGGUGUUGCACGCGUGUCUUGGGACCUGCAGGGCGUGCAGGCGAGAUAAGUUUAUCUUGACCUUGCUUUGGUCAUGCCUUUAAUUUGUUGCUGUGAAUGUGUUGAAACACAAACCAUCAUUCACUGAUUUGCCAUGUAUCUUACAAGAAAGAAGUAGAGA